CUCCUUUGUUAUUUCAUUCUCCUUAGCCAUGGAUCCAUUUAGUCAAACUUGUAGCUUUCAAAGCCACUUAAACAGUCAACAUCAAAACACCCAACACCCUUAUCAGUCUGUCCCUCGUGAGCCUAGUAUAGAACUCUCUGCGUCUGAUGCCUCUGUGUUCGGUUCACAAUGGACUGAAGAUGGCAACGAAGAUGCAGAGACUGUGUCUGACCGUAAAGAGAGACGUAAAUGGUCACCAACAGAAGAUGGUGUGCUCAUAAGUGCUUGGUUGAACACCUCCAAAGAUCCAGUGGUUGGGAAUGAGCAGAAAGCAAUUGCAUUUUGGAAACAAAUUGCUGCUUAUUUUGCUGCGAGUCCAAAGCUGGCUGGUUUGCAGAAGAGAGAGCUGACGCACUGUAAACAAAGGUGGGGGAAUAUUAAUGAGCGCGUGUGCAAGUUUGUUGGCUGUUAUGAAGCUGCAACGAAACAGAGAUCGAGUGGACAGAACGAGAAUGACGUUUUAAAGAUGGCUCACGAGAUUUUCUACAAUGAUUACAAGGUGAAGUUCACACGGGAGCAUGCAUGGUUGGAGCUUCGCCAUGAUCAGAAAUGGUGUGGAGCCUCUUCUACUAAAGAUAAAGUUCAGUCAAAAAGAAGGAAGUUAGAUGACCAAUCCGCACAGUCUUCAACCUCUGUUGCAGGAAGCCAUGGAGGGGAUGAAGGAAUGGCUCGACCAGUUGGUGUUAAAGCAGCAAAGGCCAAAGGAAAAAAGUCUAUGAGCAAGCCAGCAACUUUGGAAGAAGAAAGAAGGGAGUUUCAGAGCAUGUGGGAGAUUCGGCAGAAGGACUAUGCUCUGAAGAAAAAGCUUAACAAGCAGAAAUUGCUUUACAGCCUAAUUGCCAAUACAGAGCCACUUAGUGAACUAGAAAUUGCUUUGAAAAAUAAGCUUAUUAAUGACAUGAUGGCUUAGUUUCAGUGUCUGGGUUUGUUUCUCUGUAAUGCUUAUGCUUUGUGUUUUCCUUUGUUUCUCUUAAUGCUUUUGGUUUGUGUCUGAGUUUGUUUCUGUGUAACAUUGUGGUCUUUCUUAAUUAAUGCAAAAAUAUUAAUGCUAACCACUUUGCAGUUGAAGUAAGUUCAAACCUGAUCAGUUUUAAUGUUGUUAAAUGUUUAGAGUUGUGUCUGCUUGUGUUCCACCAUUCAUGAUCGAUAUAAAGUAGAAAGAGUUGUGUCUACUUGUCAUUAUAAUAUGGUCUUUUGUUUCAUGAUGGUUUCACUUCUUCUCUCGCUUGCUUAUUGUAUCUUCUUGCUUUUGUUUCAGGUGAAGGCAAGAAAAAAAGUACCGGUUCAUGUGACAUAAGAAGACAAUAGAGGGUGUGGCUUGUGUUGUACAUGUGACAUAAGAGGACAAUAGAGGGUCCUUUGUUGUUGUAUAAAAAGCAGUAUACAUGGGACAUAAGAAGACAAUAGAGGACAUAUGAUGUAUCUUUUGUUGUACAUGUGACAUAAGAAGAUAUCUGAUGUAUCUUUUGUUGUAACCAGUUGUUGUCGUGUUGUCUUGGUAUAUGUAUUGUGUAUCUCGUGAGUAGACAACUUGUGUGAUACGCUUUCUUUAUAAGUGGUUCCGAACCUUCAUGUUUUCUUUAUAAGUUGUACCGACCAAAACAAAACAACAACAACACGAGAGAGAGCAAAUGGCAUCUUUCUUCACAUUUCUUCACAUCUUUAAGUAUUUCCAAAUCUUUAAGAUUUUGUUCUUCACAUCUUUCUUCACAUUUCUUUCUUAAAUGACAUCUUCUUCUUCUAAUAAUUUCGAAAAAAUAGAGGAAAGAUUCGACCAAAUUUUCGAUCAACAAUUCGAAAAUCUUCUCAUUCAUCAUGGUCAGCAUUAAGAAGCAUCAAAGUAAAAAAAACGAGCCUACGUCGAAAGAGAACGAGAACAAGGACACAUGCAGUUAUGGAAUGAUUAUUUUAUUGAAGAUGCAACAUAUCCUUCUCACAUGUUUCGACGCCGUUUUCGAAUGAACAAGCCCUUGUUCAUGUGUAUUGUUGAUCGACUCUCCGCUGAUAUCUCAUACUUUCAACAAAGAAGAGAUGCUACUGGAAGGUUAUGUCACUCUCCUUUACAAAAAGCAACGGCAACAAUUCGUAUGAUGGCAUAUGGUUACCCAGCUGAUGCGGUCGACGAAUACCUCUAAAUUGGUGAGACCACUGCGCUUUUAUGCUUGGAACAUUUUGUUCAAGGAAUCAUAAAUUUAUUUGGAGAUGAGUAUCUAAGAAAACCCACGCCAGAAGAUCUUCAACGACUAUUCGAUAUUGGAGAGAUACACGGAUUUCCCGGGAUGAAUAGGAAGCAUUGAUUGUAUACAUUGUGAGUGGAAGAAUUGUCCGACCGCAUGGAAAGGUCAAUAUACACGUGUAUCAGGAAAGCCAACAAUUGUUUUAGAGGUUGUGGCUUCACAAGAUCUCUGGAUAUGUCAUGCGUUUUUCGGACCUCCAGGUAAAUUAAAUGAUGUUAAUAUUUUUGAUCGAUCACCAGUUUUUGAUGAUAUAUUACAAGGUCGAGCUCCAAAAGUGAAUUACAUUGUCAACGGACACGAGUACCAUUUGGCUUACUAUCUCACAGAUGGUAUUUAUCCAAAAUGGGCUACUUUUGUCCAAUCUAUUCCACUUCCACAACGUCCGAAAGCAUCCUUAUUCGAUACACAUCAAGAAGCUGUACGUAAAGAUGACGUGCGUGCUUUUGGGGUCUUGCAAGCUCGAUUUGCCAUAGUCAAAAAUCCAACUCUUUUGUGAGAUAAAAUAAAAAUUGGAAAGAUAAUGAGAGCAUGUAUCAUUAUGCAUAAUAUGAUAGUAGAAGAUGAACGAGAUGGGUACACUCAGUUUGAUGUUUCAGUUUUCACACAACCAGAAUCAAACCGAAGUUCACAAGUGGAUUUCACGUAUUCUAUAGAUAUGCCUUUAAAUAUCGGCAAUAUGAUGAGCAUUCGGAAUCGAGUUCGUGAUAAAACAAUACAUCAACAAUUGAAAGCUGAUUUGGUUGAGAAUAUAUGGCAAAAAUUUGGAACAAAUAAAUAUUUCAAC